AGUAAUCAGCGUACAAAUGUCACUGCGUACGCUCGUUGCGUAACUACGUGGUGUAACGUCAACAUGGCUGAAUCCAUGCGAGUUGCUGCUGGGAGUUGAUGUGGCACUGAAGAUAAGCGCUGACAGUGAACUUGAGCUUAAUAAAUCACUUUUUUUGUAGAUUAAGUUGUACAGAUCAGGUCACCAUGUAUCUCCAGAAGAUGUUCUCCUGUUCUCAGAUUUUGGCGAGACCAAAUGCUAUGCAAACAUUCAUAAGAGCUGCUUCACAAGGCAAAAAUCCCUCUUCCUCCCCAUUUCUCACACUCCAUGCUGUGCGUCAGUGGAGUAACGUGCCUUUUUUUACAGUGCCGCUGGCACGGGCGCACGGUAAGUCAUUUGCCCACCGAAGUGAGCUGCGCCAGGCCAAGAGAAUCGUCGUCAAGUUGGGGAGUGCUGUCGUGACACGUGGCGACGAGUGCGGCCUCGCUUUGGGCCGACUCGCUUCAAUUGUAGAACAGGUGGCCAUGCUUCAGAAUCAGGGUAGAGAGAUGAUGAUCGUGACCAGUGGUGCAGUAGCAUUUGGAAAACAAAGGCUGAGGCAUGAAAUACUUCUCUCACAGAGUGUGAGACAAGCCCUGCACUCAGGCCAGAAUCAGCUCAAAGACAUGUCACUUCCAGUUCUAGAGGCGAGAGCGUGUGCCGCUGCGGGACAAAGUGGACUUAUGGCUCUGUAUGAGGCAAUGUUCACUCAAUACAGCACUUGUACUGCCCAGAUCCUGGUAACAAACCUGGACUUCCACGACGAACAGAAAAGACGUAACCUGAACAGCACUCUGCACGAGCUGCUGCGUAUGAACAUCGUGCCCAUCAUCAACACCAACGACGCCGUGGUGCCUCCCCCUGAACCCAACAGUGACCUACAGGGGGUAAAUGUUAUCAGUAUCAAGGAUAACGAUAGUCUUGCAGCGCGGCUUGCCGUGGAGAUGAGGGCAGAUCUUCUCAUCGCUCUCUCUGACGUAGAAGGCAUUUACGACAGACCACCAGGGUCAGACGAUGCCAAGCUGCUGGACACAUUUUACCCUGGCGAUCAGCAUUCCAUAACCUAUGGCACAAAGUCCAGAGUCGGCAUUGGAGGAAUGGAAGCUAAGGUUAAAGCUGCUCUCUGGGCUCUCCAAGGGGGAACGUCUGUUGUCAUUGCUAACGGUACAAACCCCAAAGUCACAGGUCAUGUGAUCACUGACAUUGUUGAGGGAAAGAAAGUAGGAACCUUCUUCUCAGAAGUCAAGCCAGCUGGCCCCACAGUCGAGCAGCAGACAGAAAUGGCUCGCUCUGCUGGCAGGACCCUUGCUUCCCUUGAACCAGAGCAGCGAAGUGAAAUCAUUUGCACAUUUGCCGAUCUCCUUACUGAGAGGAAAGACGAAAUCUUAUCUGCCAACAAAAAGGACAUGGAGCUUGCUGUUAGCACAGGUUGUCUGUCUCCACCCAUGCUGAAUCGACUCAGUUUGUCGUCGUCUAAACUGAACAGUCUGUCCAUCGGCUUGCGUCAGAUCGCAGUGUCCUCUCAGGACAGCGUUGGCAGGGUUCUGCGCAGGACUCGUGUGGCAAACAAACUGGAGCUGGAGCAGAUCACUGUCCCUAUAGGAGUACUGCUGGUCAUCUUUGAGUCUCGACCAGACUGCCUUCCUCAGGUUUCCGCUUUAGCCAUUGCCAGUGGAAAUGCUCUUUUGUUGAAAGGGGGCAAAGAGGCAGCCAACACAAAUCGCAUCCUGCAUGAACUCGCUCAGGAGGCUUUGUCUAUCCAUGGAGUCAAAGAUGCCAUCCAGCUGGUGAGUACGCGUGAAGAGGUGGAGGAUUUGUGCCGUCUGGAGAAGAUGAUUGAUCUGAUCAUUCCCCGCGGCUCCUCUCAGCUAGUCCGAGACAUUCAGCGUGCAGCUAAGAGCAUCCCUGUUCUUGGCCACAGUGAGGGGAUCUGCCAUGUCUAUGUGGACCAUGAGGCCAGUGUUGACAACGCCAUCAAAAUCAUCCGAGACUCUAAAUGCGACUACCCUGCAGCCUGUAAUGCCAUGGAAACCCUGCUGGUGCAUCGAGAUCUUCUCAGAACCCCACUGUUUGAUCAGAUCAUUGACAUGCUGAGAACAGAACAUGUGCAGGUCCAUGCCGGCCCCAAGUUUGCAUCGUACCUGACCUUCAGCCCGUCCGAGGUCAAGUCUCUGCGUACCGAGUACGGGGAUCUGGAGUGCUGUAUCGAGGUUGUGGACAGUAUGCAGGACGCUAUUGAUCACAUCCAUAAAUACGGCAGUUCCCACACUGAUGUUAUCGUCACUGAAAAUGAGGCCACAGCAGAGCAGUUUCUUCAGCAAUUAGAUAGUGCCUGUGUCUUUUGGAACGCCAGCUCACGGUUCGCUGACGGAUAUCGCUUUGGUCUCGGUGCAGAGGUUGGCAUCAGCACGGCCCGUAUUCAUGCCCGUGGGCCUGUUGGGUUAGAAGGGCUUCUCACUACCAAGUGGGUCUUACGGGGCGAGGGCCACACAGCUGCAGAUUUCUCGGAGCAGGGCAGCAUGACGUAUCUGCAUGAGAAUCUUCCAGUGGCGCAGGUUCUUCCUGGACACAGAACCACCAGCUAGAGUCGUCAAGUAAAAGCAUCUGAAGUCAAUAAUCAAAUACAUCUUAAGUAAAAGCUCACCCACUUAAUGUAUUUAAAGACUCCAGUCAGGUAGUGUAAUGGAGAAAGUGUGAAUACAAAAAAAAAAAUCAUCUGUUCAAUGAACCCAUACACUUAAAUAUU